AUGUCAUCAUAUAAGACAGUUGCACAAGAGAAGAAAAUUCCAGCUCGGAAUCUCCUUGAGAAGCUAAAGCUCUGUGACAACAUCCCAAAUCAAUUGGUCCUUGCGAGGAAUCAGGCUGCUAGCACUACUCUUAACUACCUUGGUUGCCCUGGUUCCAGCUGCUGUCUAGGCCGGCACUAUCAUCCCAAUCUCACUGUCUUGACCGACGAGACACCGGUCUCAAUCCCUACUGCGCGUUGGACGAACGCAAGCUCAAAUCUGUGGAACAACAACAACUGGAACACCUAUCAGAUACAAGGCGAUCCAAGAGUCUACAGUGAAUUAGGUAUCUUCUCAUGCGCAUAUCAUUCAGAUCGGUUUAGUUACUUUGUCAACGAUGGCUCGACUGCCAUAAAUACGACUGAAUCUCCGCAGCGGUUUCCCAAGAGCGACAACUCCAACUUUACAUACUACGGGCGGUCGUAUGGUAUGGAUGCCGCUGUCGGUUUGAAUGACUCGUUUACCUUAAACCCGUACAUUCGAAGCUACGAUUAUAACGAUACUGGAUGUCUAUCGCAGUACACUUGCGACUACGACACCACUUUCGCCAUCCAGCUCGACCUGACUACUUCUUCCCCCGUCCCAGUCUAUUAA